CCAUCGGCUGAAAAGUCCUGAAUAUCAUAAACCCUAGAAGCUCACCAACAUAUAUAAAUACGUCGUAUGUCCUUCUACGGCCUUCGCAGAAACCCUAGAGCAGUCGGAGCUGUUUCCUUGCACCAAAAAUAAAGCAGCCAUGGUCGCGAGAGCUCCGGCUAGAGGUCGAGGUGGCGGUGGAUUUAGGGGAGGAAGGGGUGAUGGAGGUAGGGGAGGACGAGGUGGUAGGGGAGGAUUGGGUGUGAGAGGAGGUGGUGGGAUGAAAAGAGGCGGUGGAAGAGGAGCCGGCGGAAGAGGCGGCGGAAGAGGUGGAGGUGGUGGAAGAGGAGGAAGAGGAGGAAUGAAGGGUGGAAGUAAGGUAGUUGUGGAGCCACAUAGACACGAGGGUGUUUUUAUUGCAAAGGGGAAGGAGGAUGCGCUUUGCACCAAAAAUCUGGUUCCUGGCGAUGCUGUUUACAACGAGAAGAGAAUUUCCGUGCAGAAUGAAGAUGGCACUAAGGUUGAGUACAGAGUAUGGAAUCCGUUUCGUUCUAAGUUGGGUGCUGCAGUCCUCGGCGGAGUUGAUAACAUUUGGAUUAAACCUGGUGCUCGUGUUCUUUACCUUGGCGCUGCUUCAGGAACUACAGUUUCUCAUGUUUCGGACAUUGUUGGGCCAGAUGGAGUGGUGUAUGCUGUUGAAUUUUCUCACAGGAGCGGUAGAGACUUGGUGAAUAUGGCGAAGAAGCGCACCAAUGUUAUUCCGAUUAUUGAGGAUGCAAGGCAUCCGGCUAAGUAUAGAAUGCUUGUUGGCAUGGUCGAUGUUAUUUUUUCUGAUGUUGCUCAACCCGAUCAGGCAAGGAUAUUAGCUCUGAAUGCAUCCUACUUCCUGAAAGCGGGAGGCCACUUCGUCAUAUCAAUCAAGGCCAACUGCAUCGACUCGACUGUUCCUGCUGAGGCUGUGUUCGCCCAAGAAGUGAAGAAGCUGCAGGCAGAUCAAUUCAAACCUGCAGAGCAAGUCACUCUCGAGCCAUUCGAGCGAGACCAUGCUUGCGUCGUUGGUGGAUAUCGCAUGCCUAAGAAACAAAAACCCGCAGCCUAGGCACAGUACCACCUCUUGAAAUCACAGUGGGGAGUUGAGGCGACAAGCCUGAAGUUGGAUUGUUACCAAAAGCCCCCUCUCUCUGUUUGAAGCUGUCUUUGUAAGUUUUAAAUUUUGCCCCCUUUUUUCUUGUAUCUCUUUACUUGCUUACAAUUCAAGGUUUUAAUUAUGAGGAAUUUACAGUGGCUUAGCACAUGAA